GUUUACACCACGGGCCAACCGUUUCUGAAGUAGCGCGGAGAGACCUUUGCUGUCCUGGCCAUGGGUGCUGCGAACCAAAAGGAGUUGAUCAGCUCGACUGCGGUGGUUCCAAUGGACCCUAAGGAGGCAGAAUCCAGUGAAGAACCCCAGGCCUUUGCUCAGGACAAAGCGGCCCGAAACUCCGAGAAGAAGAUGUCUAAAAGACCGAGUUCCUUAUGGAUCACCAUGUCUUCGACACCCAAUGAGCGAGCACUGGAGCGAGCACCCGCGCCUGCGGCUGUUCCCGCGGCUGAUUCACCCCCUUCCGAUCCGUCAAGUUCACCGCCUUCAGCGAGUGCAACACCCGGUGUAGGCGCCGGCGCAGCCGGCACGGCCGUGCCAAAGGUGGCACGUCUGGCACUGCCUAAGGCCAAGGCCAAGGCUUGCGUGUCGGCCGAUGGAACUGGUGCUGGUGGUGCGGAGGCGCGCGCCAGCUUGUUCUCCUUGUGGCCCACGAAGCCACCCUCCGAGGGAGAACAGCGGGUGCGCAAAUCGGUGGCGAACCUGGCCCAUAACUGGCUCUCACGUAUCAGGGGCAAGAGGCAUGCUGCGGGGGUGAUGCCUACGCCUGAGUUCUUGGAAUGAAGAAGAUCGUCACAAGUCCGCCGAGUUGCGGUUUCCCCGUUCGCAAACACUUCGUUUUCGUGACAUUUUAAGCGUUGAGUUUGAUCACAAACCCACCCCACUGUAAUUUUGUGGGGCCAGGAAGCAGGUCUGAGGUCCUUGAAUGCCGGUCCGGGUUUCUUCAUCUUGUUUGGGCCGAAACCAAGUUCGUCCCAUACAAAGGGCUUGUCAGCGUUUGAGGAAGAAGAACA